AGGCGGCGCGAAAAGCCGGCUUCAGGUCAGUCGCGCCCCCCGCCUUGGAUAAACUUCACACUACCGAGCUCCAGCGGCGGUACUUUGGUCGGACUUGACCCGCUGGCUACUCACUUGGCACAGGGCGACGCCAGUUCCACCGGGACAGGGGGUGGUGAUGGAUGGCUUUGGGGGUGCGGUUAAAGUGUCAGGCGGGCAGGUGUUGGUCCACACUUUGAAUGGGACUUUGACAUGCAAACACCAGGCACAGAUUACAACUAUCAAACUGGGCAUAGUUUUUCAGGCGUGGAUGGGGGAAGACCCUUUCAGGGUUAAGCUGCCCACAACAGCAAAGUGAGAAUUUCCUGAAGAGUGAAGCAGACAUGGUGGACACCCAGCAGCUCUUCGCCUGGCCGGUGGGCUUCAGUCCGAGCACCGCGGAUCUGCUCGAGCUGGACGACAGCAGCCACUCGGCGCACAUGACGACGUUUGACUACGCCACCAUCUCCUCCUCUUCCUCCUCCUCCCUGUCGCCCUCGCUGGUGGCCUCCAUGUCCUCCGUCGACAUGGCCUACGACCCAAGUCCUCCGCAGAGAGAGGACCGCUUAACCAACCUGGACUACACCAGCAUGCACGGCUACAGGACCCAGGCGGACGCACACAAUUUCAUCAAGAUGGAGCCAGAGUCGCCUCCUCAACAGGCCGACAGUCUAUCGGUCUCCAAGCUACCGGAUGACACCUCGACUCCAGCACUCAACAUCGAGUGCCGUGUGUGUGGAGAUAAAGCUUCUGGCUUUCACUACGGCGUGCACGCCUGUGAAGGAUGUAAGGGUUUCUUCAGGCGCACCAUCAGGUUGAAGCUGGUGUACGAUCACUGCGACCUCCACUGUCGCAUUCACAAGAAGUCCCGCAACAAAUGUCAAUACUGUCGCUUCCAGAAGUGCUUGAACGUCGGCAUGUCACACAACGCUAUUCGCUUUGGCCGGAUGCCGCAGGCGGAAAAAGAGAAACUUCUAGCGGAGUUCUCAUCGGACAUUGAGCACAUUCAUCCGGAGGCAGCAGAUCUGAGGGCCUUGGCCAAACAUUUGUAUGAAGCCUAUCUGAAGUACUUCCCCCUCACCAAGGCCAAGGCCAGGGCCAUCCUCUCUGGCAAGACCGGAGACAAUGCAGUAAGAAGCACUACGUUGCGUUACUGUUUUUUUUUUUUUUUUUGCUGCUUUGCUUUUACACAUCGGUUUACAUUCAUAAUGCAAAUCCAAUGAAUCUGUU